AUGGAAGGCCAGACAUGGAAAACAUGGCGGGCCGUGUUCAACCCAGGCUUCUCAGCGCGGAAUAUUCUCUCAUUAGUCCCUGCAAUGGUUGAAGAAGCAUUAGUACUCAAAAAGUCUUUCGAGACUCUGGCUGAUUCGGGUGCCACUGUUGCUCUGGAAGACGGUGUCAUGAAGGCUACUGUAGACGUCAUCGGCAGAGCGGUUCUGGGGACUCGCCUCAAUGCACAAACAACAGACUCACCAGUUUUCGCGGCUCUGCAGAAGCAGAUCGGCUUGCUGAUCCCAGACAAUGGUCCGCCCAAUCUCCUUAAGUCUAUUAAUCCCUUGAGGCCAUUUCAGAUGCUUUACUACAACUAUGUUAUGAAGCGCGAAAUCGUGCCGCAUAUUGAGCGACAGCUCAAAGAGAACAUAUCAGAAAGAAGCAACAGUACCGGCCCCAAAACCGUCAAUAGUCUAGCAAUAAGUUCCUACAUCAAAGAGAUGUCCGCGGGUGGGCCCAAAGCCGAAGCGAAGCUCGACUCACAAUUCAUCGACAUCGCUGUUUCUCAGCUCAAGAUCUUCCUGCUUGCAGGUCAUGAUACCACGGCUAGCGCUCUCUGCUUCGCCUGGUAUCUCAUGAGCAAAUAUCCCGCUAUUCUUGACAAAGUUCGAUCCGAGCAUGACGAAGUCCUUGGAAACGAUGCAAGCGCUGCAGCAUCCCGCAUUAUUGAGAAUCCUGCCUUGCUGAACCAACUGCCUUACACCAACGCCGUGCUGAAAGAAACGCUCCGCCUCUACCCACCCGUCGGGACCGUACGACAGGGAGCUCCCGAUGUCUUUAUAACCGAGCCGGAAACAGGCGAGCGUUUUCCGACUGACGGGUUCAUGAUGUUCGUCGCAUCGCAGGCGAUGCACAGAUGGGAAGCACUGUGGCCAGAACCCGACAAAGUCAUCCCUGAGAGAUGGUUGGUUAAAGAGGGCGACCCUCUUCACCCAGUGAAGAGCGCGUUCCGGCCAUUUGAACUGGGUCCCAGAAACUGUAUUGGCCAGGAGCUGGCUUUCGUUGAGAUGCGACUCAUCUUAGCUUUGACCGUGAGAGAGCUCGAAGUUGUGCCACAAUUUGCCGAGGACGCGCCAGAAGUUUUCGGGGAGAAAGGUUUCCAGUGGAUGACAGGAACACAGAUCACUGCUCAUCCCAAGGAAGGGAUGCCAGCUAAGAUCAUUAGGAGGUAA